AGGGAUUUACAAUCUCACUAAGAUGAAAGUAGUACUAUUGGUGACUCUGGUUGGACUGGCGGCGUGCCAGUUCGGGUUCCAACCACAGAGACAGUUUUUCCAACCUCAAAGACAGUUCUUCAGGGGCCCACCUCAACAACAGUUCUUCAGGGGCCCACCUCAGGGCUUUAACAGAUUCGUGCCACAAGGCGGGUUUGGUGUCCAGCCUGACGACGUUCGUGGUGGCAGUGCCUACUACUUCUCUUGGAGACACGACGGUGGUAGACAGUACACUGGCAAUGCUGCCUUCGGUGUGUGUCGAAGUCUAGGAGGCGGGUGGCAGCCCGUGGGUAUUAGCUCCCCUGAUGAAUCCAAUUACAUCAACAGCAUUGUCGGAGGAGAGGGACUGCAGUAUAUCUGGACCGGUGCUGUUAAAUCUGGCCGUGGCUUCGCAUGGUUGAACGGCGAGCCUUUCAAUUUUGCUGACUGGUCCCACACAGGGGGAGCUCGCCGACCUCAGCCCGACAACCGUGAGGGUGGUCAGGAGAACUGCCUGGCCGUCCUCAACAACUUCUAUGGUGAUGGUAUCAAGUGGCAUGACGUAGCCUGUCACCACGAGAAAGCUGUCAUCUGUGAACGUCGUGCUUAGAUCUCUCUCUCUCUAUCUCUCUCUCUCUCUCUCUCUCUCUCUCUCUCUCUCUCUCUCUCUCUCAUUCUCCUCAUUUUCCUCCCAUACCUCCCUAUAACUAUCUCCCAAACGUCUCCUCACUGUCACAACUCCUCACUUUCUCAUACGGAAACUCGCUACAGGAAGAUCAAUAUUACUGUGAGCAUGUCAUAAACCCGGCCCCUAUUCUUCCCUCUCUAUCGCUUAAUACAACUCCUUCCACUAUGUUCUCAGCUCUCAUUCCGCCUGUAGUUCAUGUCAGCUAAGUGCUCUUGUUCUGGAUCUUACCAAACGUUUCACUUGCAGUAUUUUCAACCAUUCUUUACGCCUAAUAAUAUUAUUUCUAAAAAUAAGGAGUAUUACAAGAUCUUUUAGCUGAGAAUUCAUCCAAUAUAUUUUUCUCCUGAUAUAUACAUAUAUAUA